CCGCCGCCGGGUUCAGGGGCGGGGCCUCCCUCCAACCUGCGCCGCUCCAACAUGGCUCCGAGGCUGUGCAGCAUCUCUGCGGCGGCGCGGCAGGUGCUGGGGGCCCCUGGACCUCGCACCCGGAAGGUGCCGGUGGUGGCCCCGGCGCGUUUCUAUUCCAAGGAUGCUGAAGGCAGCUGGUUCCGCUCCCUCUUUGUUCACAAGGUGGAUCCCCGGAAGGAUGCCCACUCCACCCUACUCUCCAAGAAAGAGACCAGCAACCUGUACAAGAUCCAGUUUCACAAUGUGAAGCCUGAGUGUCUGGAUGCCUACAACAGUCUGACGGAAGCUGUGCUGCCCAAGCUACACCUGGAUGAAGAUUACCCCUGCUCACUCGUGGGCAACUGGAACACGUGGUAUGGGGAGCAGGACCAGGCAGUGCACCUGUGGCGAUUCUCGGGCGGCUACCCAGCCCUCAUGGACUGCAUGAACAAGCUCAAGAACAACAAGGAGUACCUGGAGUUCCGGAAGGAGCGGAGCCAGAUGCUGCUAUCCAGGAGGAACCAGCUGCUGUUGGAGUUCAGCUUCUGGAAUGAGCCGCUGCCCAGAGCAGGCCCCAACAUCUAUGAGCUGCGGACCUACAAACUCAAGCCAGGAACCAUGAUUGAGUGGGGGAACAAUUGGGCUCGGGCCAUCAAGUACCGGCAGGAGAACCAGGAGGCAGUGGGCGGCUUCUUCUCACAGAUUGGAGAGCUCUACGUCGUACACCAUCUGUGGGCCUAUAAAGACCUGCAGUCCCGUGAAGAGACUCGGAAUGCUGCCUGGAGGAAGAGGGGCUGGGACCAGAACGUUUAUUAUACGGUCCCCUUGGUGCGGCACAUGGAAUCUCGAAUCAUGAUCCCCUUGAAGAUCUCGCCUCUCCAGUGACUGAUGCCUCUAAUUCCUACCCCUUCUCCCUCAGGGCUGCGCAGGGCAGAGGGUCUCUUGGGCCUUCCAGCUUUUUUUUUUCCUCUUGGAUCUGGGAGGACCCUGAGGGGGUGAUAUUAGUUGAGCUUAUGGGGUACUAAAGGUUGAUGGAGUCCUGAUGA